AUGAACAAAACAAGUUAUCAAUCGAAACGGCGGAGUUUGAGCGAGAGGAGAGAGAUUUGCAAAGGUUUUUUGUCCGUCCUCUUGAAGCUUUCACUUACAUCUCUGCCGUCGUCUCUCUCACCCGCACGACGCUUAACGACCUCAGCCAUGGCCGCCGUCGCAGAAAUUGACGCUGAGAUUCAGCAGCAGCUUACCAACGAGGUCAAGCUCUUCAAUCGAUGGACCUUUGAUGACGUUUCGGUGACAGACAUCAGUCUUGUUGACUACAUUGGAGUGCAGGCAGCUAAACAUGCGACCUUUGUGCCCCACACCGCCGGAAGAUACUCUGUGAAGAGAUUCAGGAAGGCUCAGUGCCCCAUUGUUGAGAGGCUCACAAACUCCCUCAUGAUGCACGGGAGAAACAACGGAAAGAAAUUGAUGGCUGUUGGGAUUAUCAAGCACGCCAUGGAGAUCAUCCAUCUCUUGAGUGACCAGAACCCAAUUCAGGUCAUCAUCGAUGCUAUUGUCAACAGUGGUCCACGUGAAGAUGCAACCAGAAUUGGAUCAGCUGGUGUUGUUAGGAGACAAGCUGUCGAUAUCUCUCCUCUGCGACGUGUUAACCAAGCUAUCUUCUUGCUUACCACCGGUGCUCGUGAGGCUGCUUUCAGAAACAUUAAGACUAUUGCUGAGUGCCUUGCUGAUGAAUUGAUCAACGCAGCCAAGGGCUCUUCCAACAGCUAUGCCAUCAAGAAGAAGGAUGAGAUUGAAAGAGUCGCAAAGGCCAAUCGUUAA